GCCAGAUGUUUAUAGAGUAUAUAUGAAUAGUUUAUGUACAUUUUGGACAGGCAUAUUAUCGCCGUACUUCUUGUGAAGUUUGGGUCCUUUUCAGGAUUAAAGAUGGCGGCGGCCGCCCGGCUCUGUGUCCUCCGUGUAUCAUUAGGAGGUGUUAGAACAUUAGGGGGUUCUGGACUGUUCUGUUCUGUGACUCGAUCCAGUGGAACUCCUGUUUGUUCCGUAGCUGCCGCUGUCGUGUCUCCGGCUGCCUGGGAUCAGACUCGUCAUUCCAGCUUCUUCAACAAGUUGACUGCAGAUGAGCUGUGGCGUGGUGUGUUAGCCGAGAGCGGCGCCGGAUCCAGGAAAGGAAGAGGGAAAAGAACCAAACGAAAACUGAAGAAAGAUUUGAAUCGAGGACAGAAUAUCGGAGAGGGUCGUGAUGGCUUCCUCUGGCCAGGUCUGAAUGUUCCUAUAAUUAAAGCUGGAACCAUCCAGUCGUUCUCUAAACGAGGAGAGGUGGAGCAGCAGGAGUUGAGGGCGGAGCUUGAGCGUCAAAGGGAUGAGUGGGACAGGAAGAGGAAGAUGAAGAUAAAGAGAGAGAGGGGCUGGUCAGGAAACUGCUGGGGAGGAAUCAGUCUUGGACACCCAGACCCAGGCCCGAACGGAGAAACAUACGAAGAUUUUGACUGCAGAGUUAUUGAGGUGAGUGAAUAAUGUGUGUGUGUGUGUGUGUGUGUGUGUGUGUGUGUGUGUGUGUUUUUGUGUGUGUGUGUGCC